AAUAACAAAAUAAAAUAAAUAUGUAGAGGGAAUAUCAAUGUUAGUGAGGCUCGAUAAACGUGAUUAAACCCACGCAAUUGGAAGGUUUAACGGCGUGUUUGGGCAUCCGGAUUCCAGCAAUUAGUUCCGGAGACACAUAAGAGAGAGCGUGUACAGUCGAGAGACGCUGUUCUAAGGAGAGAGAUAUUGGUGAAGUCAUGGCCAACCACUCCGAUGAUUUGGACGCCCUUCUUGACAGUGCCUUGGAUGAUUUCCAAACCCUUAACCUCGCUAAUUCUCAACAAAGGACCGAAGGGGAUGGUGCAGAGAGCAUAAAGGAGUCUGCUUUGCUGCCAAAGGGGGUUCAAGGACUGGGGAUGGGAUUGCCGGAUUUGAAGAGCAAGAAGAAGGGGAAGCAGAAGGUUUCAAAGGAUGCACAUGUGGCAGAGGCGCUUGAUAAGCUCAGAGAGCAGACCAGGGAGGCUGUUAAAGGAGUGGAGUCGGUGACCAGUGCCCAAUUGGAUGAUUUCCCUAAGGAUGAUAUGAUGGAGGAUUGGGUCAAGCAGUUUGAGGAGCUUGCUGGCUCACAGGAUGUGGAAUCUAUGGUGGAGACCAUGAUGCAACAGCUUUUGUCUAAAGAAAUUCUGUAUGAACCCAUGAAGGAAAUUGGAGAAAGGUAUCCAAAAUGGUUGGAGGAGUGUAAAACUAGUUUGAGCAAAGAAGAAUUUGAACGUUACUCCCGUCAGUAUGAGCUCAUAAAAGAACUUAAUGAUGUUUACGACAGUGAUUCUGGUAACUUCACUAAGAUUGUUGAGCUAAUGCAAAAAAUGCAAGAAUGUGGCCAACCUCCUAGUGACAUCGUGCGCGAACUCGCUCCUGAUUUCGAUUUGGCCAGUCUUGGUCAAAUAACCCCGGAGAUGCUGGAGUUGCAAGGAAAUUGCUGUAUAAUGUGAAGUUAUCUUCCAAUCAGUUUCUUGUUCCCAUUGCUGUUCCUUCAUUUCAUGGAACGUUCUUUUAAUAAGCUUUUGUUCAUGUUAAGCUUGGGUGGAGACUGGAGGGAGGGAAGGGGCUGGAGGGAGCCGAGCCUUUAAAGUUGUUACUGAAAAUUGCUGUUUAUUUGGUUAGAUUUUAUGGUUCUAAUACUCUACUGAAUACUGAAUAGUUCUUCUAUAUAUUCUCCAUCUAUUGAUUAUUA